GUCCCUCGGAGUUGGGGGAAUGGAGUCUAUAAACGAUAGCUUGCCUUUCAGUUUUCAAACGUGGAUGAAGCAUUUAUAUAAGAUUUAUUGAUGUACACAAACGAAACCUGACACGAGAAAAGAGAUUGUACAGUAUAAGGGAGAAACUUUUAACGAUCGCUAGCAGAGAUAUAGGUAACAUCACACAGCCUACAGGAAAACACUCGCACAUUUUCGCCAACUUCUGCCAAAAUGGCGACCAACUCAGAGAGACAGAUAGGCGAAACUCUAACUGACAGCUUAUUGAUGGAUAUUAUGACUCCUGGAUAUCUACCAGACAUCUCGGCACUCCAGGUGCCUACAGCCACAUAUUCAGGUCCUUACAUGGAAAUCCUUGAGCAACCUAAACAAAGAGGUUUUCGUUUUCGUUACCCAUGUGAGGGACCGUCUCACGGUGGCCUGCCCGGUCAAUAUUCUGAGAAGGGUAAGAAGUCAUACCCCUCUGUUCAACUGUGUAACUAUCACGGUCCCGCCCGUAUUGUGGUAUCAUUAGUGACAGUUGAUGAGCCUCCCAUGCCGCAUGCGCACAGUCUGAUUGGCAAGAAUUCCAACAAUGGGGCGGUCACUGUCCAGAUUGGUCCAGAGCAUGGAAUGACAGCAAGCUUUCCAAAUCUUGGUAUUCAACAUGUGACAAAGAAAAGUGUGGGUAAAGUGUUGAUGGAACGUUACAUAAAAAUGCAGACCCUUCACACAGCAACUCUACACGCACUGACAGCAGACAGCAAGGGCUUUGAUAUGGAACUGGUGGGUGAUCAAGCGUUAGCAGAUGGCGAAACAGCUACUUUUAACAGGACCAUGGCUGAGGCUGUGGCAGCGGAGGAGUCACAAAAAGUUCGCCAAAUGGUGGAGGACCAGAAGCAGAGUAUGAACUUGAAUGCCGUCAGACUGUGCUUUCAGGCAUAUCUCCCUGAUGAUGGUGGCUGUUUUACAAAAGCCUUACCACCUUGCAUCUCAAAUCCAGUGUAUGAUUCAAAAGCCCCGUCGGCUUCCAAUCUAAAGAUUUGCCGCAUGGAUCGCAACUCCGGCUGUGUCACAGGUGGUGAUGAAGUCUACUUGUUGUGUGACAAAGUACAGAAAGCUUUCACAGAAGCCCCGUCGGCUUCCAAUCUAAAGAUUUGCCGCAUGGAUCGCAACUCCGGCUGUGUCACAGGUGGUGAUGAAGUCUACUUGUUGUGUGACAAAGUACAGAAAGAGGACAUUGAUGUUAUGUUCUAUGAGAUUGAUGUGGAGACUGGCAAAAAAACAUGGGAGGCUGGAGGAGUGUUUGCUCCUACAGAUGUUCACAGACAGGUUGCGAUAGUUUUCAAGACUCCUGCGUACUGGAAUAUUGCUACUGAAAGGCCUGUCAAGGUGCACCUGGAAUUGAGGCGCAAGUCUGACCAGGAAACAAGUGAACCAGUGGAGUUUACUUAUCAGCCACAACUAUUUGACAAAGAGCAGAUUGGUGCUAAAAGACGCAAGAAAAUCCCUCAUUUCUCUGACUACUUCAGUGGUGGUGGUGGUGGAGGUGGACCUCCUGGCAUGGGCGGGGCUGGUGCUGGUGGUGGGGGUUUUGGUACUUUUGCUCCAUUGGGCUUACUGGGUUCUGCCCUUUGGUUUGCCAAUCCAGGCACUUCACAGUCUAACAAUCAAGGAGGCUCAGGAGGUACAGGUACCUCUCAACAAGGACAAUCGCAUUCUUCUGGACAGUCACAAGCAUCUGGACAGUCACACCAAGCAGAUCUUAGUGAAUUAGCAUGGAACCUUGCUGAGAAGUCAGCUGCUGCCAUGCGUGAUUAUGCUGCCACUGGUGAUAUGCGGUAUUUACUUGCUGCUCAAAGACAUUUGACGGCAGUACAAGAUGAUAGUGGAGACACAUUUCUUUUUGCAGGAGGCUCAGGAGGUACAGGUACCUCUCAACAAGGACAAUCGCAUUCUUCUGGACAGUCACAAGCAUCUGGACAGUCACACCAAGCAGAUCUUAGUGAAUUAGCAUGGAACCUUGCUGAGAAGUCAGCUGCUGCCAUGCGUGAUUAUGCUGCCACUGGUGAUAUGAGGUAUUUACUUGCUGCUCAAAGACACUUGACGGCAGUACAAGACGAUAGUGGAGACACUGCUCUUCACCUUGCUGUGAUCAAUUCCCAACAAGAAGUAGUUCAGUGUCUUAUUGACAUCAUGGCUGGUCUGCCAGAGUCUUACAUCAGCGAAUAUAACUUCUUGAGACAGUCUCCUCUUCAUCUCGCUGCCAUCACUAAGCAACCUCGCAUGUUAGACUGUUUGUUAAGAGCGAGUGCCAAUGUUAGAUCACGUGAUCGUCAUGGAAACACUUCCGUGCACAUUGCUUGUAUGCAUGGAGAUGCCGUGUGUUUGAAAGCUCUCUUGAACUAUAAUGUGUCAAAAACAGUUCUAAACUGGCAGAACUACCAAGGUCUGACUCCAGUGCAUCUAGCCGUCCUGGCUGGCAGUAAAGAUGUCCUUAAACUUCUAAACUCGGCUGGUGCCAACAUGAGUGCUCAGGACGGUACAAGUGGUAAAACUCCACUUCAUCAUGCCGUUGAACAAGAUAACUUGGCCGUGGCUGGGUUUCUCAUANCUAUUGAGAAACGUCAACCGUAUCAACCAAACCGGUUGCGGUUGAAACGGUUGAUCCCAAUAGAACAUGACCUAACAGUUAUUUGUAAUCUGUCAGGUGACAUGGACAAGCUGGAUCCUUAUGUCCGACGGAAAAUGGCCCAAAGACUAGAUCCCAGUAUUGGAGCGGACUGGCGUGAACUAGCCAAGAGACUGGGCCUAGGAACAUUGGAGAGUGCGUUCGCUAUACACUCAAGCCCGACCACACAAGUGUUGGCACAAUAUGAGGCUGCUGAUGGUAGUAUCAAGACUUUACGGCAGGUUCUUCGUGACAUGCGCAGAGGAGAUGUGUUAGAGAUCCUUGAUGGCCGCAAGUCUCCACUAUCACACGACUCGGGAUUUGAUUCAGGUCUCGGUUCCCAGUCCCUGUCGGCUUACAGAUCAGAAGAGUUGGCGUCUUAUGAGGCCGGGAGCUCCAGUGUUCCGUCUAGUUCUUCAUUACAGAAAGGAACAACAAGUCUUGAGUCUACUCGAAAGGCUGGGGGCUAUCGACCAAUCAGAGCUCCAGUCGACUUUCUUGAUGACCCUUGUUAUUCACCACUGGAAAAGACGUCAGAAGAUUUACCAUCGAGUGGCCCAGUCGACAGUACAAGUGGUAAAACUCCACUUCAUCAUGCCGUUGAACAAGAUAACUUGGCCGUGGCUGGGUUUCUCAUAUUGGAGGCAAACUGUGAUGUAGACGCUACCACCUUUGAUGGUAACACACCGCUGCAUAUAGCUGCCGCCAGCGGGCUCAAGGGCCAGACAGCUCUUCUAGUGGCUGCAGGAGCUGAUACCACCUUACAAAACAGUGAUGAAGAAACAGCUUUUGACUUAGCUAACGUGGCUGAAGUUCAAGAAAUCUUGGAUGAAGACGAAGCGCUGAGCACUGACCCUUCGCAAGAUGACGAGCUGACAGCUGGUCUGACAGGUCUCACUCUGGGUCAAGGUAGGAAAUACAUAGAUAAAUAAAUAAGUAAACAACCAAAUAAAUAAAUAAAUAAAUAACUUAAUUAACUGUCAAAAUUCUAGUUCACUGCAAAAUAAUUGGCUAAUUGGGACACCUAAACUAAUAAGAAUAA